AUGCCCAGAAAAAGCAACUGCUGUGAUUGUUGGGUACUAUUUGCAAGUUCGGUAUUGAAUUUAGCUGAAUUAGUGGCUCUGAGGCCAGAUCUUGCACAACUCAAGAAAGUCCUUUACUUUCACGAGAAUCAACUCAUAUAUCCUGUGAGAAAACAGCAGGACAGAGACUUUCAGUAUGGCUACAACCAGAUUUUAUCAUGUCUUGUAGCUGAUGAUGUGAUAUUCAACUCGCUCUUUAACAUGGAAUCAUUCCUAUCAUCCAUCAAUGGCUUUCUGAAAUUGAUGCCCGAUUAUCGACCAAAAGGAUUAGAGCAGAUGAUUAGGCCGAAAUGCAGGGUGGUGUACUUCCCUCUGAAGGAAACUGAUGAUUUGUCUUCAAUUCCUGGGAAAGAUGAAACUGUUCUCAACAGCAAGAUACCAGUUAAACAGAUACCAGAGGAAACUGAAACAGAUAGCAGUAAGAAGGUGAAUCAAUUUUUCUGAUUACCUGAUCAGAGUGACCAGAAUUUGGCACCCUCUUUUGAGCUACUUUUUUGAUGACAUAAAUUUAACUCAUUUGUUAAGAAAUAAAAUUGAGUGCAGCUGAAAGUUGUAAGACUCAAGUCUAAUUGAAGGCUUUCGUGUAAAAAGGGCAUAUGUACCAUUUUGGGUCAAUUUUUAUUUUUUGCAGGAUCAAGCUAAUUU